AUGAACAGUCAAAAUUUUACAUUAGCUGAAAAUCUCAUACCUUCUUCGUAUGUACAGCAAGCUGCUAGUGCUUUGAGAACAAGAGAAAACUUGGCCAAGACACUAAUGGAACAAAGAAAAUGGCCAGAUAAUGGUUGGGACGAUGCAACAAUCGAAAUGUUUCUAUCAAACUUAGCACUGAUGGACAGUAAUAACUUCAAAGAACAUGCUGGUGUUGGUGAACGAGAAGGACGCAUAGCUUGCAAUUUAGUUGCAAAACGUCAUUUUCUUAUGACUCAUGGUAUUGGCAGGUCUGAAAAUAUUGCUGAAGUUCAACCUAAUGCCACAGGAUCUAGUUUAAUGAUAAAAUUAGUCAACGCUAUGCUCUUAGAGUCUAUCCGUUUUAUGGGAGUUGCAAGUGCGACUGGUUGUUUUAUGGUUCCGAUGGCUACUGGAAUGAGUUUGAUGUUGUGUAUGUUAACUUUAAAACAAGAUAGGCCUGGGGCCAAGUUUGUGCUAUGGUCUAGAAUAGAUCAAAAAUCGUGUUUCAAAUGCAUCAUUACAGCUGGUCUGCAACCAAUAAUCAUAGACCCUAUACAAUGUGGAGAUGAGUUACAUACCGAUGUACCAGCAAUUGAAGCACAAUUAUCAACACUUGGAUCAGAUAACAUAGUAUGUGUCCUUAGCACAACUAGUUGUUUUGCCCCAAGAGUAUCAGAUUCACUUGAAAAAGUUGCUUGUCUUUGUCAAAAAUAUAAUGUACCACAUUUAAUUAACAAUGCAUAUGGUUUACAAUCUACCAGACUGAUGCACUCAAUCCAAGAUGCGUCAAGAAAAGGGAGGAUUGAUGUUUUUGUUCAAAGUACUGACAAAAACUUUUUAGUUCCUGUUGGAGGUGCUAUUAUUGCUGGGUUUGACAAAACUAUUUUAGAUAAAAUUACUAGAAAUUACCCAGGAAGAGCAUCUUGUAGUCCUGUCAUGGAUAUCUUCAUAACAUUACUCUCAUUGGGUACUAAUGGUUAUAAAGAAUUGAUAACACAGCGUAAAGAAGUACACCAACAUUUACGAAAAGAACUUGGAAAGAUUGCAGCAAAAUAUGGUGAACGUUUAUUGGACAUACAAAAUAAUCCUAUAUCUAUAGCUAUGACAUUGACAUCAUUGAGUGUUCCAAAUGCGACUGAAACUGAUACAAAAAAAUUAAGUCAGCUAAGCUCCAUGAUGUAUAUGCGCCAUGUUACAGGUUGCAGAGUUAUUUCAUCUGUUGAAGUCAAAGAUGUUUGUGGAUAUAAAUUUGAUGGUUGGGGAGCACACAAAUCCAACUACCCUUGUCCUUAUAUUACAGCUGGUGCCUCAAUAGGUGUUAAAAAGUCUGAUAUUGAUUUGUUUAUACAAAAAUUGGAUAAAGUUAUUGCUAGGUUAAGAAAAUCGCCGCCAUCCAAUCUGGAAACUCCAUCAUCAUCUGAAGGUAAUGAUACCACUUCAAUGCGACGUACAGCAACAGUUGCAUCUAGCUAUCGAAGCACAGUAAAUGGAGUUUACUCUACUGGAGACGGCAGUACAUCAACUUCACGCACAUCUAGUGUUGAUAACUUACGUAAACAUUAAUAAUUAUGUUUACAUUCUAGACAUCAUUUAUACUACAUAUUAUAAUGUAUGUAAAUGUUCUAUUUUAGUCAAUUUUUGCUUGUAGAGCAGAAAGGGAUCUCUGGAGUAGUUAUAUUUUAAAAUAUUCAAUAUUGAAUCCUUAACUCUUAGUAGUUGGUUAUUUUAUAUGGUUUUGUUUAUAAAAGUAUUAGAUGAUACCUAUCAUCAUGACGUGUUAGGAUUUUUAGAAAUUAUUUAAUCUUGUUCAGAUGCCUAUAGACUGAAUGACUCAAUAGUUCUAUUUAUGUAAGUAUAAUGAAAAGCAAAGCUUAAGUCUUAAAUUUAAUUAAGUUAAUAUUUUUAAAAAUAUAAGAAGUCUAGUCAUAGUAUUCUAAGGUAAAAUUUUGAUGUU